GCAGCGACUCCACACGUCAAAAAAGACAAGACAAUCACCUGCUCGGGCCAUUAAAAAAAAGUUCAUAGAUAAGCUGUGUAAUAAGAGCGUCUGAGGGAUGUUUCUAUUUCUCUGAGCGACGGAGACACUGAAUUCAGAACAUGUCAGAGCGCUUUGAGUCAUAGGUGAUAAAGAAGAGUCCACGCUUAGCAGUUUUGUGAGUUUUAUUUAUUUAUUUUUUUAAAUUGUACAUGAUUUUAUUCAACUGGACGCCUGCGCGCAAACUUAUGACAUUUGACACAGCCCGGGAGAGGGGCUGCAAAUGGGCGGCAUAGGUGGCAACCUCUACCUCAGCAUGUUGAAUGGGACUGAAACGCAAACUUUCGGAAAGAGCGUCGACAUCAGCAGUCACCUCCACCGCGGCGGCAAGGAUCUAGCCGAGUUUAAAAUGGGCAUUCAGGACACGAGGUUCUACUACCCGGACUCUGUACAGAGCGGACAGGACGCCCUGGGUCUGCCGUACCACUCCGACCAGGCGGUGGGAGGGUACGCAGCGCAGCCGAGCAGGUUUUACGCACAGACCCUCAGCAGCUGCCCGUACGGCAGCGUGCGGUCUCCGCCAAGGAGCGCAGCAGGGCAGGGUUACAUCCCCGCGUCUGGAGACGGGUUUCAUGCGGGCGGGAAAGACGUCUACACUCCUUCUGCGGAGAAUUACCCCGCGAGCUUUCAGCACGGCUACCAGCGGCCACCUCUCUACCCUUUACCUGGGCUACAGGUGUGCGGGAAGACUCAGGCUCUGCUCAAUAACUACCCGCUAUGGGCCAAGUUCCACAAGUUCCAAACCGAGAUGAUAAUCACCAAACAGGGGAGGAGGAUGUUUCCCUUUCUGAGCUUCAACAUCAGCGUUCUGGAUCCGUCUGCCCACUAUAACGUCUACGUGGACGUGGUUCUGGCUGAUCAGCACCACUGGAGGUACCAGGGCGGCAAGUGGGUCCAGUGUGGGAAAGCCGAGGGUAACAUGCCAGGGAACAGGAUGUACAUGCACCCCGACUCUCCCAACACCGGAGCUCAUUGGAUGAGACAAGAAGUGUCUUUCAGCAAGCUCAAGCUCACCAACAACAAGGGCAGCACCAACAAUGUGGCGCAGAUGAUAGUCCUCCAGUCGCUCCACAAGUACCAACCUCGCCUUCACAUCGUGGAGGUGAAGGAGGACGGCUCGGAGGAUCCCUUCCUCUCCUCCAAAGCUCAGACCUUCAUCUUCCCGGAGACCCAGUUCAUCGCCGUCACUGCUUAUCAGAACGCAGACAUCACUCAGCUGAAAAUAGACCAUAAUCCCUUCGCUAAAGGUUUCCGUGACAAUUAUGACACGCUCUACGCACCUCCCGACUCUGAUCGCCUCACCCCCUCCCCUACAGAGAGCCAGCAGCUGCUACCGGGGAGCUGCUACCCCCAAAGCUACCUCUCUGAACAGUACAUGAGCCCCCUGCCCCAGAGCCGCUUCUACGGCCGCGACCCUAUAGGCAUGGGUCAGCAGCACAAAGAUCCGUCUUCCAGCGCCGGCCCCCACGGCCGCUGGUUCCUGCCGCAGCAGCAGGGUGUGGCCCAAAAUCGCCUCGACUUCUCCUCGUCCUACGACGGGGACUUCUCCGGAAACGGUUUCUACAAGCCCUUCCCACUGCAAACGUCUGCUCACCAUGCCCUCAGCUACUACCCAGACCAUCCUUUCGCAUCUACUAGUGUAUCUGUAUCAGGGGCCACCCCGGCGGGCUGGAGCACCACCCGGCCCACUCCGCAGUACCUCACUCACCCCAGUAAACCGGGCCCCAGUCUGGGCUGGUUUAGGCCCAUAUCUUCCUCCUCUUCCUCCUCAUCAUCUUCAACGUCACCCGGCAACCCCAGGCUGCACCCCCCCACGCUCCUCGAGUCCCUGCAGCCGCCGCUGCUGCAGGAUAAGCCCAAAGACACUGUGGGAGUGGUGACCGAGGACCACUGGCUGGAACCGCCCUCGGUGAAAUCAGCAGACUCGGCCGACUCGGGCCUGUUCGAGGGCGGCAUUGGCGACAGCAAGAAGAGGAGGGUAUCCCCCUACACGUCCAGCACCGAAAACUCCCCGCCUCCGCGCGGCGGAGAGGUCUGUGAAAAAGACAGCAACAGCGAUGCAGACUACUAUGGCUACUACCCCCACUGAAGAUCUCACACAUCGCCACAGCCGCAAAACAGUUUCUCCCAACACCUUCCCACUCCACCCUCAUGGACACCAGCCUGUCCAGUCAGGUCAUAAUGAAGGGCUGGAACAGCCUCGGUUUUUUGCUGCAGACAAAUACCAAAACCACAUGACAAAACAUGCAACCUCUUUUCAUGUCACCUCACCAGAGUCCACACACAGUGUGGCCAGUCGCUCUAUAAAGUCCCCUCUCAAAAGUGUCAGAUGAGAACAGGAGGAACUUUCAAAGUUAAAGGUAGCAAUGAACACAAAUGGAUGUGACUGGGACUCUGCCCUCGAGUCACAUAAACACCAAACAGACGCGCAGACCUGUGACUUUAGCCUUUGAAACAUCUGGAGAUUUGAAAAAAAAUAAAAGAUCUGCAUAUCUGCUUGCUGACAGACGCCUGCAGGGAUUGUCUGUUCUUUCUGCAUCAAACACUCUCUCUGUCUCCUUUGCUCUGUCUUGUCUAUGUCUGUCUCUCCCUUCUCACCCUCAACUGUCCGCGCGCGCUAUGCGCUCACAUUCAUUUCCCCUGAUGAUCCAGAGCAGAAUUUACACCAUAGGCUGACCAAACAUGACCCGAAUACGCUUAGUUCAGCUCCCACUAGUGGUCUAGAAGGGCAUCGUGGGCUCCCAAUUACUGGUGUCAGGGGGUUAAGUCAGCUUAGCGAGCACAUGUUCUGAAGUGAGGAUAAUCUGUUUCAACAACGCUGGGACGACCAUUUGUGUGUAUACGUGUGCGUUAAGUGAAUCGGCAGAAAUAGCACAACUGGAGACAACACAUCUCACAUGUUUGAAGGAAACAGGGAUGAACUCAGCUCUGCAAAAACUAAUAAUAGUCGGGAUUGAUAAUGAAGCAAAACCUUUUCAAGAUGUGUUGGUUGCAGCCUCUCAAAUGUUACUUUUCUUUGUCAAACAUGCUAGCAAGCUGACUACAACUUGAUUUCUGAAUGUGUAUCAGUUCAGAACAAGCGUAGCAGCAGAUUUAAAGCAUGAAGAUGGUGGAUACGCAUUCGGAAAAGGCCUUUAUUGUGAUUCCAAUUUGUAAAAAACCUGCUAUUCCCUGUCUUUAAGAUGGCAGGCCAAAGGAAGAGUCGGUAGUGCGAAGGACGGUGGAUUAAGAAAUCCAAAAAUCCAAAAAAGAAAUGUUGCCAGUGCUGCCUCAAACAUUGGGAACUUUUCUCCAUUUAAGUGUGACUCUUUCUGUCAUUUUUCAAAUUUAAAUACAUGAAUUAAAGAUUUAGCAGGGAUGUGCUUCUUGGCUGCAAACGUAAAAAAAAAAAAAAAGGCUGGCUUCUCACUCUGGUUUGAUCAGAGGGAGUAUUUCAGCUGAAACCCACCCCUCUGUUACAAUCACUCGAUUUGGAAACGCUCCUAUUACCAUAAACAAACAAAGCUCACGAUCAAUAGCAGCGCAGACAGCCAAUGUAACUGGAAAAGUGUUGGCAAAGAGAAGUGAGAUUACAUUAACAGAACAGUGACACAUUCUAACCUGUGCAAACUGGAGAACAAAUUUGUGGAUGGAUAAGACUGAUGAGAUGCCCUAAUUUAUUAUACUUUAAUGCCAUACAGUAGGAGCAGAGCACGGGUCCUGCAGACGUGUUAAAAGUGGGUCACUGUGAAUAGCUGCAGGUAAACAGACAGGUCACUGUCACCUUCGGAUCACAAUAAACAGGAAGCACAAAGUGACCAGACAGACACUCCGAAUUUCCCCCUUAGUCCUCUGGUCUAUCAUGUGGUGACAGUGCCUGACAGAGGCCCGGCUCCCAGCCAGGUGACAGAAAUGAAGAGUGAGGCUCCAGUCGGCGCCGAUCAGAGACCCGCUCUUCAUUCCCCACCAGGUGCGCUAAUGGUCCCAGACAACGCUGGGGGCGACAAGCAGGCCAGUUAGUCUUUACGGAGAGAGGGAGAAAGAGAGAGAGAGAGAGGGGUGAAAUUACAUGUGUUGAUUCAGUUCUGAACUCCUGAAAUGCUUAAAUGUUGAAAAGCCGUUGAGCUGCAAUGUGCACGAGGUCAAAACGCACACGUCUGCGUAUUUGUCACGAAUAUAUAUUACUGUUUGACCAUUGUUAAGGAAUGUGGAAUGUGUAAUUUGGUGAAAUCAAAAAUUAAGACAUGUAAAAACAAAAGCAUAUAAAAAGAGAAAAAAAUCAAAUAGCACUGAACAUACUGCUAACAUCUAGCAUAGCAUUGCUAAAAGCUAACCAGGCUCUCUGAUAUUAAUGUUACCUUAUUUAUUAAACUUUUAAAUUAUAUAUAUAUGUCAGAGAAAAGGGUGACGAUUCUAAUUUCAUGGGGCUGCGUGAUGGGCAAUUCAUGUUUCAAGUGCAAUUAAUAGAACCUAAAUUAGUUUAAUGACGGCAUUGUAGAAACGGCUAAAAGUUUUUUUAUGUGAGCGCUGGUCUGUGGGCGAUGUUGGUUAUUUAUUCUAUGUACUGUGGUUUGUGUGACACACUGGAGUGACAUUGCAUCUGAAGGAGUGCAAGGGCUCACAAGAAUGGACGCAGAAAAAAGAGAAAAGAAAAAAAAAGAAACCAGAUAUCUCAGGAACGCCCCCUGCUGGAUAUCUCAGCUCAUUACAAUGAAUUUCACUCCUUGCUACCCCGAUGUCAAACCUCAUUCACCUCCAUUUCCCCGCGAGUCUGUGUUUCCCCUGAACACACACUUUCCUUUCCCGUGGUGAGAGAAUAAGACUGCAUAUCUCCAGAGAUUUUACCAUGUAGUGUGGAAACAGAGGAGCGAACAAGGGAGAUCAGACAGCUCAAGCCACAAGCAUGUUGUGUGUGAUCCUUGUGCACUGUUUAUAUCGAAGGGUCCUUUUCAUUAAGAGCUUAAAGACAUUGCAAUGCAGAAAAAAAUAAAAAAUAAAAAAGAAUGAAGAUUUCAGGAGGGGGAAAUCAGAAGCUGUUAUUUAUUACAGGGUGCAAAACUGUGCAUUGAACUUUUGUUUUUUUUUUUGUUUUGUUUUUUUUUAUUCCUGAAAUUAAAGCAUACACUUGGCAAAUCCC